AUGGAAGACAAGGAGAUCCAGCUCAGUCCUCUAUUUGUGUCCGUUUUCGGAAAAAUCUUCUUUGCAUACUGGUUAAUCACGGUGCCCUUCUACAUUAUGCUAGUAGUCUUCAUGAUUCAUGCUCAAGUUAAGAAGGCCCCCAACUUAACGAGUUCGUUCUAUACGUUGUGCAUAACGACAGGAAUCAUCGAUAUUGUAACCCUUCUCAACAAUUAUUUUGGAGCAGUAUUACCGCGAUGGGGAUGGAUUGCAAGUGUUUAUUCCUCCCUUGGCCUGCCAUACGCGUACGUUUACCUCAUCAUAGCUUGGUCCACUGGUACUAUGCAAGCAACAUCGACGUCAUUAUUGGCUCUCAAUCGUCUCUCAGCGGUUCUCUUUCCUUAUCGAUAUGAUCAGAUGUGGUCAGGUCUACGUCUAAAGCUGGCCGUUGCCAUUCAGAUUAUGCCGGGCUUCAUCGCUUCAUUGCACCUCCUCACUACUAAGGUAUCACUGACGCCCACUGGGAGUAGAGGUGUAGUGGUUCACAUAACCAAGUAA